GCGCCAGUCUGACUGAUGCGCCGCCGUUGCUGCUCAGCAGUUAACGGGUCAGAGUCAGAGCGUCAUCCACGCAGUUUCCAGCUCUGUGGAGCAGGAAGACAGGCAGCUCACGGGGGGACACGAAACUUAAAGUGGGAUGACAUCUGAGCCAUGAACAGAGGGGCAUUCCCCACUGAUAGCAGUGAUGGAGAACACAACAUGGCCGUACCCCGCAUACGUCCCCCAUUAUCUCCUGCGUCGCGACCCCUUUGCUUCGAGGCUCUCCAGAGAGGCGGACUUUAUUGCGGCUUUUUACAUCUGCAUCAUAGGAAUCCUGUCUGCAACAGGAAAUGGCUACGUCAUGUAUAUGACCAUCAAACGCAAGACCAAGCUGAAGCCUCCUGAACUCAUGAUCGUUAACCUUGCCAUUUUUGAUUUUGGCAUAUCAGUGACAGGAAAGCCGUUUUUUGUGGUGUCCAGUUUCUCCCACCGCUGGCUGUUCGGCUGGGAGGGCUGUCAGUUCUACGGCUGGGCAGGCUUCUUCUUUGGCUGCGGGAGCCUCAUCACCAUGACAGUGGUGAGCCUGGACCGCUACCUGAAGAUCUGCCACCUCCGAUACGGCACGUGGUUAAAACGCCACCACACCUUCAUCUGCUUGGCCUUUCUCUGGGUGUAUGCGGCCUUCUGGGCCACCAUGCCGCUGGUUGGCUGGGGCCACUACGCCCCGGAGCCGUUUGGAACCUCGUGCACCCUGGACUGGUGGCUCGCUCAAGCCUCUGUGUCAGGCCAAAGCUUCGUGUUGGCCAUACUCUUCUUCUGCUUCGUCCUCCCAGCAGGCAUCAUCGUCUUCUCCUACGUCAUGAUCAUUUUUAAAGUGAAGUCGUCGUCGAAGGAAAUCUCACACUACGAUGCCCGCAUACGAAACAACCACAACCUGGAGAUGAAGCUCACAAAGGUGGCGAUGCUGAUCUGCGCGGGCUUCUUGAUCGCCUGGAUUCCGUACGCCGUGGUCUCUGUGGUGUCGGCGUUCGGCGAUCCGGACUCCGUCCCCAUCCCCGUGUCCGUCAUUCCCACGUUGCUCGCCAAGUCGUCAGCGAUGUACAAUCCAAUCAUCUACCAGCUGGUGGAUCUGAAAAACUCCUGCGCCAACUGCUGCACCAAGGUCGCGAAGAAACGGAAUCAUUUUAGGAAGUCGAGGUUCUACACAAUCUCCGGCUCAAUAAAGAACAGCGGACCAGCCAAAGACGUUCACAUCGAGAUGUAAAGCAAACUGUUGAGACUGCUGACCUUUCGUCUCUUCUACCGCGGACAUUUCGCCUUCGCCAUGCCCUCUGUGUGCCCAGCAGCUAACCAAUCACACGCUGCCAGCCUGCCAUGAGGUCAUCACCUGCUCACCUUCGUUGCCGAUUCCUGCGUGCUGCAGCUCCCUGCGUGCUGCAGCUCCCUGCCUACACUGGAUAUCCACCUUUCUGGUAGCUUCCUACCUGCACAUGAUUCUAUCUCUGUAGUGUACACUGGUUUCUAAGUACAGAUAAAAUGUUGUGUUGAUUUUUCCAUCUCCAUUAUUCAAGAGUUCUCAAAAAAAAAAAGUAAACUAAUUGACUCAGGUUGGGGAACCGGCGAGGUUUCCAAGUCAAGACGGAUCUUAAGCUAUAAUGUUUUUGUGUAAAAUAUGGUUACAAUUAUCUAAAUUUGGUUUGUUUGACAUUUUUAGCUGAACUAGAAAUUACAACUUAAAAUAACAAAGCAAAAAAAAAACAAAACAGAUUCAUGUUGAUGUUUUCUGCUGUUUGUACAGAUUGUUGGUGUUUGUACUUUUACACUUGUGUUGUAUAUGAAAAACAAUUUGUAAGAAUCUGGAUAAAGCACUGGAUCAGAUUAUCUCACCUGGUUAACAGCAGAGAGAGAGAGACGACUUUUAACUCUGUGAGGUAUAGGUUUCCAAGGAAACACACACAGGAUGAGUGCACUUUACUUUCCAAGCCAUUCAGAAUGCACUGACGCCAGAUGUUGUAACAGUUUUACAUCUGGUUGAUUGUUGCAAAAUUGGGUUCAAUUAAUUUAAAGAAAAAUACAUUAAUUUCUACAAGUACCUACAUUUCUAGAAAUAGAGUUACAGUAAAUUCAGGGAUGAGUAAAAUAUAUUUAUUUUUGCUAUAUCUUCUCUCUUUGUUUGUUUUGGUUACCACUGGAAAUAAAAGUUGUUCCUUUCCUUUCUUUA